CACGUUUUCGUAUUGCCUGCCUUCUUUGUUUGUUUUGAAAACAAUAAAAAUUCGAUUUGUGCAUUUGCAAAACAUGUACUGAAAAUAAAAAAGGUUGGCUGGAUAUUCCUUCUAUUGCUGAUUUUACUGUAUUUCGCCUCGUACGUGUUGAUUUCACGCUUUAGACGCAAAGAUCGUGACGAUCUAUUUUCCAAUGAUGAAGAUGAAUUACUGGUGUAUCGCAUAAGUUCAUGGCUUUGCACAUUUUCAAUGGCAAUAGCAGUAGGAGCAGCACUUCUCUUGCCCGUUUCCAUAGCAAGCAAUGAAGUUUUAUUGCUGUAUCCAAACAGUUAUUACGUUAAGUGGCUGAAUAGUUCAUUGAUCCAAGGUCUUUGGAAUCAUGUUUUUCUAUUCUCCAAUUUGUCACUGUUCGUUUUCCUGCCAUUUGCCUAUCUAUUCACUGAAUCGACCGGCUUUUCGGGUCAUAAAAAGGGAAUUAUAGCUCGUGCCUAUGAGACCUUUACAGUAUUCAGCCUUUUGGCUUUUGUAGUUUUGGGCUUGACAUAUGUGCUGUCGGCCGUAAUGGAUCCAGAGAAAAUUGGAUUUCUAUCGCUGCUAAAUUUAGGCAGUGUUCAUUUGCCGUUUUUGUAUUCAUGUGUAUCGUUUUUGGGAGUGCUACUACUGCUGCUUUGUACACCCUUCGGCUUUGUGCGCCUCUUUGGUGUGGUGGGUCAAGUAUUGGUCAAGCCACAUUUGCUGCGUGAUGUCAACGAGGAGUAUAUUGCUUUUCAUAUGGAGGAAGCCAGUGUCAAACGCAAACUGGCCAAUUUGGAAUUGCAAAAUGUCAGCAUCAAUGAGUCUCUCAAUGGUGGCAAUGGUAGCCUCAACUCUAGCAGCAAUAAUUACAGCAUCAGAGCAGGCACCUACGACAUGCCAAAUGGCAAUUAUUUGGCAAGCACCAUAACAUUUAGUGCUAAUCAAGCCAACUCAUCGCAACAAGAACAUUAUAAUUUUAGUAAUUACUACAAUCACGUAAUCCAAAGAGCUUCGCUGUCACAUCUCAUCCAGAGGAAACCUCUGGGUGGUGAGGGCCACGACAGCCAAGCAAAACUUAAUGAAAGACUGAGAGAAUUGGAGUCUGAACGCAAAGAAUUGGAUAAAUUGCGGAAAUCCUCAGCAUUCCAGAGGAAUUUUGUCUAUCCAUUGGCCAUGCUGUUGUUGUUAUUCUUCACCGGCAUAACGAUACUGCUGGUGGUGCAAAAUACAUUGGAAUUGCUGAUUGGCAUUAAGGCAUUGCCCUUAAGUACACGGCAAUUUACUUUGGGCAUUUCAUCUUUGUCCAAACUGGGACCAUUUGGUGCUGGUCUUGAGGUGUGCCUAAUUUUUUAUUUGGGAGCCACUUCUGCUGUGGGCUUCUACACCAUGCCAUUUAUGCGCAAUGUGCGUCCUCAACGCCGUAAAACUUCACUAUCACAAUUGAUAGUCAAUUGUGCUCUGGUGCUGAUUCUAAGUUCCGCAUUGCCAUUGCUUAGCCGCAUCAUAGGUAUAACAAAUUUCGAUCUAUUGGGCGAUUUUGGCGCCAUAGAAUGGCUGGGAAAUUUCCAAAUUGUAUUCCUUUAUAAUUUCGUAUUUGGCUCAACUACAGCAUUGGUGGUAGCAAAUAAAUUCACAGCCACGGUGCGGCAAGAGUUAUGUGCGCGGUUAGUAGAAAACUAUGUGAUCUUCACCAAUUACAUGUCAUUCAUCAACUGAUAUUUACUAAAACGACGCAUUAAAAUCAUUUCUCCACUGCCUACAAAUCAUUACCAUCAUCUGCAUCACCAUCAUAAGCAUUAUGAGAACGCCAACGCUGCUACAGCAAAUCACAAAAUUUCCUUACCACUAAAAUCUUCAUCAAAUCAUAUGUCCUUAAGCCCCUCAGGCGCCUCUACAAGUGCUGCUGCCACCUCGCUUACCUUAAUGGUAUGGCAGCGUGUAGGUGAACAUCUAAAUGAGAAUGGUUUUCUUGUGUCGUUUAUGAGAACAUUUCGCAAUUUUCAUGCAAGACAUUUAAAAACUAAACCUUAGUCCAUAAAAUCCACUACAGCAACAAUAAUAGGCUAAUUUAAAAUAGGCUGUCGAAUGCCAACCAUGUAUCUCCUCAUCCCAUUGAGAAAUUUAUUUUCAAUCGUAUUUUUAUAAAUUUUAAACAAUAAGUGCAUUCAAACAAUAAGCGUCACUUCAUUUCAGAUUAUUGUGCAUUGAUUUUUACUAACGUUUCGAGUGUUACCGCUUCAUUAUUUACCAUACUAUAUACAUACAUACCCCCAUUCAAUCAUAAAUAACAAUAUGCUUAGUUAUAAAGAAACUGUCCUUAAAUCGAUAAUGUACUUUAUUUUACAAAACAAAAACAAUCGAUAAAGAAUGAAGGUGUAUUAUUAAUUAUUAUAUUA